AUCUCGAUCUCCUGCGUCUAGCUCUGGUCUGUGGGUGGUCGAAGUCGAAGGGCGGGGUAAAAGAAGGGAUGACUAGCGCAAUCGAUACCCUUCACAGCAAUUAAUCUCUAUUUUGAUGAACCGACGAGAUAAGACCGGCGGCAAAAGUUUGUUGUGUCCGGUAGUUCCGCCUACGCUCAGCCGCCGUCGGCAGGUCAUGUUGUAAAGACUUCUUGGGCAUGGUUUCUUCAAAAUCCUUUCCCCAUAGACAUUACAGCUUUUCCUCUAGGAAAAGGCUAAAAGUUUCAAGUUUCGAACAUCAUGAGACAGGUUCUCAGACCUGUAUUGGAGACUUUGAUGAUGUUUCCACGGUAAUGCAUUCGGACUCGAAAGAAUGCUUGCUUCAUGGGUGCCAUCAUUGUGUUUAUGCGUCUUCAUCUUGCUAUAAUAUGCUGGAAGACACAAAUCCUGCCUUAGAGAUGGAUUGCGAGUUGAAUGGAGAAGGCAGUGAUGUUCCAGUUACUUCUAAUGAUGCUGGUGCCAGUAAAUCGGUUUACCCACUGCCUGCAUUUGUGACUGGCUGGAUGUAUGUUAAUGAGCUUAACCAAAUGUGUGGUCCUUAUAUUGAUGCACAGUUGCACGAGGGUCUGUCAUCUGGUUUUCUUCCUGGGGACCUUCAAGUGUUUCCUGUACUAAACCAAAGAAUAACGAAUCCUGUUCCCCUGAGGUACUUUCAACAGUUCCCAGACCAUGUCCAAUCGGGUUUCAUGUACCUUGGCUCUGGCAUCUCCAAUGCACUUUUGCCUAUGCCUGAUUCUGCCUCAGCAACUCAUGGACCAGAAGGCCAUGGUUGGAGUUCUUCCUUGGCUUCUAACUCACAAAAAAAGCAUGGAAAAGGAGAGUCUGUUCCAGUAUUCCCAUAUUCUGAAUUGUCAGAAGACGAUUCUUGUUGGUUGUUUGAGGACGAUGAGGGAAAGAAACAUGGUCCUUAUAACCUACUGGAGCUUUAUUCCUGGCAUUGCUAUGGAUAUCUUCGGGAUACGUCGAUGAUACAUCACACACAGAAAGAUGCUGGGCCCUUUCCUCUGCUGUCUGUUCUGGACGCAUGGAGAACAGCUAGGGUUGAAUCAAGAUCUGCACCUAAUGUUAUGUUGGAAAGUUGUUCUCCAGAGAACUUAACACGAGAAAUAUCUCAGGAAAUUUCCUCUCAGCUGCACUCAGCAAUAGUGAAAGCAGCUCGAAGAGUCGUCCUACAUGAAAUUAUCAGUAACAGUAUUACGGAGUUUCUUGAUGUGAAAAAGACUCGUGGACUUCCAAAGCUGGAUAUUCAAACUGCUGAAACUCACCCCAGCAAAGGUGAAGUGUUGCCCAAAAACACAAAAUCUGUUGGCAGUAUUGAUAACUUCCAGGUCUCUCACGCUGUUCUUUGUAGAGCUCUUUUCAACUGUUGCAUGGAAGUUCUUUGGAAUGCUGUUUGUUAUGAUACAGUAGUAGAGUAUUCAGCUUCGUGGAGAAAAAGAAAAAUCUGGUCUGGUCAUUCUCAGAAUGGAUUUCCUUCGGACCUUGAUAUCUAUGGCAAAAAGUUUCAAGCAUCAGUCACAGAUUUUUUUCUACCCACAGAGGAGAUAUCUGGUUGCGAUGGUGACUGCCCCCCUGGUUUUGAGUUUGUUAGAACCAGAACAGAAAAUCAAACUGGAAUACCUGAUACAAAAGAGCUGAUCCUUAAGCCAUCAGAAGAGACUAUCCCAUCGUGCAUGGAUUGCAACAACGAUGACAUAAAAUGUUUCUCGGAGAGUGUGGAAAAUGAACUUCAUAAGUCUACUAAUGCUUGUUUGGUUGCGUUUGUUGGAACUCUUGUUAAGGAGGAAGUCAUUAGAGUAGCUAACAUUAGAGAGGAUGGCAAAAUUGCUGACAUUGCUAUUCAUGGCGCUGAUGAGUUCACCAAUCCAGUACUACAUGAAGAACAGAGUGGCUCCACUGGAAUUCCUCUCAGCAAUCCUAAAUGUGCAUCCCUAGCUGUUGCUAACCAGCUUGCUUUAAAGAAUACUACAUCUAGUUUUCUUGCAAGUACUUUUGGGAAGGCGCAUAUAUGUGGCCUAAAUGUUGCUUCUUCACCUACACCACCUGGAUCUGAAGAUGGUGUUACCACUCUCCUACCACCCUUAUGUAAAUUCCAUGUGUCAACAUCCAAUGAGCCUCAUUCUAGGAUUAAGCAAUACAUUGCCUUGGCAUUAUGCAGGCAAAAGUUGCAUGAUAAUGCAGUUGGCGAAUGGAAAAAUUGUUUUUUUGAUGAUCUUCUCCAGCAGCACUUUCCAUCAUUUUUGGCUUUUGCGGAAGGGUGUGGGUUUGAUGGUGAUAAGGGAGGGGUAGACAAUCAAAGUGGGGAAUCGCUGAAAUUAUGUAUGUCAAAGUCUGUGGGCGGUUGUUCCCCUACUGGUAAGUACACAUACUAUCGAAAGAAAAAGACGUCUCGUACAAAGCUAGCAUCGUCUUUGGAAUUGGUGUCUCCAGCCGAAUCGCGGGGCCAGCUGUUAGAAUCAUCUAGAGAGCACAUCUCGCUCAAGAUUGCUGCAAAGGCUGCAGAAGCUGAACGCUCUGUUUCGAAACACACCAAGACUGACAUAUAUGAGAGCCAGAAGAAACUGUCUCUUAGUUCUAGGCCUUUGAAAGGCAUUGCAGAAGGAAGCAGACGACUCGAACGUUCAUCGGCCAGGAAGACUAGUUGUCGCAGAGUGAAGAAAACCACACAGGCAGUUCAAGGUGAUGAGUUCACAGAUAAUGCUCACAAGACCUCCAGGAGUGUUGUGGAUUCUCAUGAUGUUGAGAAUGAGACCAAUGACAGUAGCUCCACUGCUGGAGUUAAGAACUCUCCUACCCUUAAUAUUUCCAAGAAAAAACUAUACUGUAAGCAAUCCCAUGAUACAAAACCAUCCAAGCUGAAAAGGAAGCAUUUACCCAUUGGUACUGGAUUGCCAGUACAAUGCACCAAGAUCGUGAAAACAGAGAAUGUCAGUGACAAGCAAGCUCUUCCACAUGUUGGAUUGGAAAACAAAAAGUCCCGCAGUUUCCAAUUGUCUAUCACCUGUCCUCCUUCAGAUGGAUGUGCAAGGUCGUCAAUUAAUGGUUGGGAAUGGCACUUAUGGUCUCUUAACGCAAGUCCUUCAGAAAGAGCUUUUGUCAGGGGACAGUUUGUUCGGUCUAAAUGUUCAAGUUCUGAAACUUGUGCAUCACAAUUCGCUAAUGGUAGAGGUCUUUCAGCAAGAACGAAUAGGGCAAAGGUCCGGAAUCUUCUGGCUGCUGCUGAAGGUGCUGAGCUUUUGAAAGCCACACAGUUGAAGGCAAGAAAAAAGCGGCUGCGUUUUCAACGAAGCAAAAUACAUGAUUGGGGUCUGGUUGCACUGGAACCAAUUGACGCAGAGGACUUUGUCAUUGAAUAUGUUGGCGAACUAAUUCGUUCACGAAUAUCUGAUAUACGUGAAGGACUGUACGAGAAAAUGGGAAUUGGGAGCAGCUACCUAUUUAGACUGGACGAUGAUCAUGUGGUAGAUGCUACAAAGUGUGGUGGGAUUGCGAGAUUUAUAAAUCAUUCUUGUGAGCCCAACUGUUACACCAAGGUUAUAAGUGUUGAAGGCCAGAAGAAAAUUUUCAUAUAUGCAAAGCGGCAUAUAGAUGCUGGUGAAGAAAUUACUUACAAUUAUAAGUUCCCUUUAGAGGAAAAAAAGAUCCCGUGCAACUGUGGCUCUCGAAAAUGCCGUGGUUCAUUGAAUUAGGAAUGACUUCAAAAUUCUGUUUGUUCUUGGUGGACUGAUGCCAUGGGAUAUCAUAGGAUAUAAAAGUGCUAAGGAGUAGGAGAUAGCUUCUAAAUUUGUUUGUUGCGGCGAUCUUCAUCUUGGCAAUCUUAAGGUGGGAAGAGAAGAACAGUGGUUCCGUCUGUAGAGGGAAGAACACCGUGGUUUUCACAUGGUUUUCUGUGUCUUGAAUUGGAGAAGAACAGUGGAUCAUUCCUUCAAUUGCCAAAGAUGACGCAAGUUAUUAUGAUGUUUCAGGUUCUUCACAAAACAAUGGCAUCACAGGAGGCUAGUCGAUGUGGUCUAUGGUGAUCUUUUGUUGAGUUCUUUUCCCUACUCUUUUGAAGAUGCGUUGCUGAUUGAUGUGCAUAUUCUUGUAGAUCUGACUUAUGUUACAAAUCAGUUCUCUUCUUCCAAAACUAUAGAUCAAUUCUUUCAUUUCUUCCUCUCUAUCUGACAUUUUUGGAGUACAAAUCCCUUUUGUACAGACAAUCUUUGUUGUUUAUAUGAUAACAGUUGAGACAUAGGAAAGUUUUACAAUAAAAUGCCAACACCGUUCUUAGAGCCAGAGGUAAAUAGUUGUACGUCAGCAACAUUGGCCAUUGGUUCGGAAAUCGGAACUCGUUAGUCCUCAUUUUUUGGUUCAUCUUAUUAUGCAUAAAUUACUCGUCACCGGAAGGUAUUAUUGUGUGUAUGACGUUUACUUCAAUUAUUAUCUGAGAAUUUUGCUGUCCCAUUCAUUGGCAUUGGUUAAUUCAGGGAUCUGGUUCCUGACCUUGGUAGGAACCUGUGAGCGAACUGGUACUAGCCUCUUGCUGUAGAUUAAAAUUGAUAGGUCUGUGUGGAUCUGGGUGGCGGGGGUGAGUAAUUAACGAGAGGAGUAGGAUUUUCUUAUUAGGCGCAAAAUUAGUGCAUUUCUUAGUUCAGGCUCCGUGCAUUUAUCUUUAACUGCUUCUCUCCCUUCUGUCCGAUCUGCCUAUGUUGUUGCAGGUUGGCAUCAGGUGGAAGCCGGGACGGAUGCCGCAUUACAGGGGGUUCUCAAACCCAUUGGUAUGCAAGAAUGCCAAUUCAUGAACGUGAAGGAGUGCCAUCAAGGCACAUGGCCAUAUCUCUCCGGCAAUUAUAGUUCAAGAGAAUGCCGGGGUUGAAAUUGGACUUCGUCCAUUUCCUUCACCCUGUUAACAGAUUAUGUGGGUUCUCCAUAUCCUAAUUGGGGUUGGAUUCCAGGCUUGGUUUAAUAAUAAAAGGUGGAUGAAAGCACAAAGUCUACAUUGGUUCAAACUGUGAAAGCCAACAGUCUUUAACCACGGAAAAGAAGAAAACCAAGCUAAUAAGUGGCUUCCUAAUUUUUGGCAAAGUAGCUCUUCGUCGCAGCUUCUUGCUAGCUCUUAGCUAUUGGUUUGCAUGUCAUGACAUGACAUGACAUGAUGCUCUCUACACACAGAUCCUCGGAUUUGGGACCAGGUGGGUGUUGGAGUUGGGACCGAUGACAGUCUAAUGGAUGCUGCUGCGAAUUUCUAUUGACGUUGUGCCAGAUAUAACUCCGCCUGUGUAUUAGGUUUCAAUGCUUAUGCCUUGCACAGCCGGUCCCAAGCCCGGAUAAAGGAGGAGGGAUGCUUGUCUUCUGUCUUCUGUUUGAAGAGUCACUGCUCCAUGUUGCCUAGUCGAUUGGUGCGAUCGUAUGAAGCAUGUAAGAACCCUUACAAACUCCUCUCUUGGACUUGCGUUCGCAUCAUGGUAAAUCAGAUUAGAUCGAAAUAGGGGCCAAAAUGUGUAACCACUUGAGAGAUCCUUGUAGCUUUCAAUAUGGGAAGAGUUUCCAGCCAUGAUAAUCUGUAUGCAUUGCUCUAUGGUUCGUUUCAUUUGAGGCAGUGGUACUGUCGAGCUCUUGCUACCUUCACAUUGUAAUUGUAAUGGUUAAAUGGUUUGUUUAAUUCAGGAGUUGCUCCUCACUCGAAUAUGCUCCAGCAAAAGAGCCUGUAAAAUAAUGAAAAGAGGGUACCUAGUGGGCGGAAAUUGCUAUUAAAGCUCUUUUUUCUUUUGCUUAUCUUGUCUUGUCCUUUUUCUUUCUCUUUUGCAUCUUGCUGGCGAUUGUCUUAUUUAUCUUUG